AUGCAAGGGGUAGAGAAGCUGUCAGUGACCAGCCCAGACAGCGCCUUCCUGGAGGGGAGCUACACUGCGCUGGGCCCUUUGCCUGAUUCUUGCCCGGGUCUGAGUGGGGGCCUCCGGGGUUUCUGGGGUUCUGGAUUUCCCCGUUCAUCUUCCUGUUUCUAUUUUUGGCUCGGCACAGGUGACACAUUGCCACCUUUUUCUGUGGCCUACGUGAAGGGGUGGAGGAGGAGCGUGACUUGUUUGAUAGUGGCAGAAGCAAUCCGCGAGCUCCGCCUAGACUUCGCAGACCUCACUCAGAACUACAAGGCUUCCAUGAAAGCGGUCCAUGGGACUGUUGCUCGCUAUGAGCAUGUCCUUGCGCAAGUGCUGGCAGCCAGAGGAAUUACUGCUUCGGCCACUGUGCGCCGGCCUCCAACUUGCUUUAACAUGCUCCGGCAGUUGGAAGUUUUGGACAGGGCCGGCGUUGUUGAGGUUAUGUCGACAGCUGCUGAUGUGGCACGGGCUUACAAGGUUGGCCCAAAGGAAGCAGGAGCUAUUCUUCAGCUGACCAAAAACAUUUCCAGACCAGUGAUUUGCUUGCUCAAGCAGGCGGUUAGCAAACGAGGAAUGAAAGGGUUUCUCACCCACGAGGCGAUUGGGAAGGAGGUGUUCAACUUAGCCUGGACAUCUGGGACAGGAACCUUUGAGCAGUGGCAUGAUCAACUGACAAACAAAGAUGAUGACGAACUCGCAACCUUGGUCAUUUUGCGGAUGUGCAAUGACUGGGACAAGCAGAACACUUCAGGGCGAAAAGCUUACGGCAGCAAGGAGUUGAUUCCUUUGCACGCAGCCUGUGGUGGUUUCCUCGCAUUCAUGCGAGCACUGAAAGACAAGAUCCCUUCGACCGAGUUUGAGAACCAUGACGCUUCCUUGCGGCAGCAGUUCAUGUCGGGUGCAUUGGAUCCUGAAAUUCAUCACGCUUUGCAAGUGACCGUGCCACCUGCAAGUCUUGAGGCUGUCAAUUUCUUGAGGUCAAUUUCCAAGGACAUCGAGUCCAAGCAUGCUGCUGAGCUUGAGGAAAAGGAACGUGAGCUGGCUCUACGUGUUGCUGACGCAACGCUGAACCAGGUGAAAGCCAAGCUUGAGAGUGACAUCGAAGUUCUCAAGAGUUUGGUGCCCACCGCGGAAAAAGAGGCUCAAGAAGCAGGGAAGGACUUGAAGUAUUUGAAGGAACGUCAGAUGAAGGGCCAAGCUCACACAAGAGCGUGGAUGGAUGAGCAUUGCAAGCUGAUUGUGACGGACAGCGACAACGUGGUAGGAUUUGUCAAGGACAUUGCCCAGCAGAUUUCCAAACUGCAGGAGACGUAUGCCCUUGUGCUCAUGGAUGUGACCGUGUACCCGGCCAAUGCCAAGCUGGUCAGCAGUGCAUGUGAUGCUCUUGGCGUGCUGGUCAACAUGGGCAAUCAGAACGUUGGGCACGUUCAACUUCCUGUAUGCCACACGAACACAUCCUCUCAGAUUGUGUACAAGCACCGUCGGGUCGUGGAAGACAAUGUGAUGCUGAAUCAGAAGCUGGACAUAUCCCAAACCGUGACGUUGCAUUUCAGCAGACCAGAUGAAUCACACGCGUCCGACAAGCGAGGCGGAGUGCAGAAUUGCUUGUUCGUGACAUCUGAUCCUUCUUCGUGUACGUGGGUGUCUCCUCAAGUCGUUGGUCCUGUGCAGCUGGCCCGUGUCCGCGAUAUGCUGGGAUUUGAUUCGGAUCAGCUCCGUCCUCCAGGAGCUACUGCCCGGGCGGAACAGAAGGGUCCUGCGGUUCAUGAUGCCAUCCUGGACGCUUACCUGAAGAAUUUGGACGCGCCGGCCUCUAGCAAGGUUCUGGUGGUCGACCUUUUGCCAAACAGGUAUGCUGAAUUCGGAAGAUCGCUCGCUCUCAAGAAGCUCCAGCGAGCCACCGCCAAGUACACUUUGCAUUACCUUGCAGUCUUGCGGGACAGCCAAAAGGAUGUGGUGGAAGCAAUCGAAGAGAUGGUUUACCAGUCAUGGGAUGGUUCGGCAUCGGCGCCUCCAAAAACCCGACCAAGAGAGGCGACCCAGGAGCCACGUUUGGGGACCAUCUUGUGGCAGGACGGGCGCCCAGUCUUUCCAACCACUUUGCUGACCAAGUUCGCGGAGGAUUCGGACCAUCGUGCGGAGCUGCUUAAGUUGAAGGAGAAAGUGGAAGAGCUGUGGCCAUCAGACGGAGGUGGCGCUGGCACUGGCACUGGGUCCACGGUGCGCAGAGCAGCAGGUGCACCAGACUUUUCCGGUGUGGAGGUGCUGGACAUUUCCCGGGAGGUUUCGCUGAGCGUGAUGACAUCAUAUGAUGAUUUCUCCGAAGAACGGCUUGGGCUGUGCCCUGGAAAGAAUGGCAAGCCCAGUGUCCUGAUCACGACAGACUUCCACAUCUACCUGGGCAAUCCAUCUUCGGAGGAAAUGAUUGUGACUUGCUGCGACAUCUUUGGCUUCUACACGGGUGCCUAUGAGAUCAAAAUCGUCAAGAGCAAUGCACCGCUGGAAAAGCACACGAUCCCUUGGCGAUUGGAUGAUGACAUGUCUCUGAUUGCACACGAGAAAAAGGUCAUGCCGAUCUGCUCCCUUCUCUGCAGCGCAGCGCGAGAUCGCGGCAUCGCGGAUUUGGGUGUUGUUGAUCAUGAGCUCAAGAACAAGACCCGAACUGCUGCGGAUGGCGCGGCAGCUGGGGAGCAGCAGGACAUUCCGGUGCCGUACCGUUAUGACCUCACCCCUUUGGAAUCCUUCAAGGCCAACUGCUACAAACCGAACCCGUUGGGAGCAAACUGUGACCACGAGAGCCACAAGCCAUGGACCCUUGGGGCAGUCAUGAUCGGGAACUUCGACCGUCUGCCGCGCCAGAGCACCAACAAGACGGUUUCGUUGGUGUGGGAGGUGGCCAUGCAGACGGGGGCCUCGACGCCUCGGGUUUCGGCGAUCAAACCCAAGGUCUACCUCACGUGCACAGUGCGACUUCCCCCUAAAACAUGGGGGCGUGUCACUGUGUGAGAUUGCUGGUGGUGC